UUGAAAUUUAUUAAUUUCGUGUAUUUACAAUGAAUUAAUGCAAAUUUCUUUCUUUUCAGACCAUAAAUUCACAGCUGAAGAGCUAAUUAAAUUUGUGCCUAGUGAUGAUGAAGUAACGCAGCGGCGCCUGUAGAAAGUACGGAGCAAAUGAGUCGUGAAAAUAGAAAGCAAUUGAACGAAAAAGAUAAGACCAAUGACGACGAUUCAGAGGAUGAAUUCGUCGCUGGGCUGGAAAAGAAGAGCAUAACCAUUGAUGACAUAUUGGCAGAUUUCGGUUCUGAUUUGCCAAAAGAUAUGGAUGCGGAUAAUCGCGAGCCUAAAACGAGCGCCUAAACGCGGCAUGGAAGUUGACCAUAGUGAUGAAACAAAAGAGGAGGAACUUCCAGCUACAAGCCGCAAACGUAAAGCUACCGAUGCGAUUAGUAUGCGUUCGGGUAAUACUUCAGCUUCAAAAUAUGUAGCCGGUUCCAAAGGUAUUCAUCGGCCCUUAGGCGCCUCCGGUAGUGACGCAAUAUAAAUAAAAUCCGGCUACUCUGCGAAGUCGGCCAAAUCUGGCAAAUCUACAGCGGCUUCAGCAUACGCCGGCAGCGAGUAUACAACUAAGAAACCUAAAGGCGAUAUGAAGAAGAAGGGCAAGCUCGAUCCC